AUGACGACACGUUUGAUAGUAAAAAGUCUGCCUGCAAAUUGCACGGAGGCCAGCCUUAGAUCGUUUUAUAAGAAGUAUGGAACUCUAAGCGAUUGCACGCUGAAAUACACUAAGGAGGGGAAAUUUCGAAAAUUUGCAUUUAUUGGCUUCGAUAGCGAAGAAAAUGCGAAAAGAGCGCUGCAAGAAACAGAUCUUUCCUUCAUGGGAUCAUCUCGUUUGCAUGUAGAAGAAUGCAAACCAUUUGGAGACGCCAAUAAACCUCGCGCUUGGAGUCAGUACGCCAAAGAUAGCAGCGCUUUUAAACGAAAGCAUGAAAAAGAGUUACACAAUGCAAGCGAAAAUGAAGGCAAUGUCAAAUCCGAAUCUCCUAAGAAGAAGAAAAUUGACCCAGAAUACCGUGAAUUUCUGGAGGCUCAGGGUGUCAAGGAUAAUGAGCAGGCAAAGGUCACAACUCAAGCACCUGUUCUUGGAAGUGAUGAGUUAGUCAAACUGCUGCUCGAAGGCAUUACUGGUGACACUAAGCUAUCUCUACUUUUCACUGGUCUGCCAUCUUCUAUCAAGCAAAAAAACUUGAAGGAAUGGCUUAGUCCCGUCCGUAUCAAGGCUAUGAAGAUUGUAACUAACGAUACCUCUGCUGCAGCUUUUGUCACUUUUAAUCGCCCUCCUGAUGUGCGCAGAGUCCUCCAGAGAAACCAGGAAUACAUUGGUGGCUACAGGUUAACUAUCACAAAAGUUAAACCAGAAGAGGAAACUACUGAAAACUUUGAACAAGAGGAGCAGCCCGUUAUUAGCAGAGAGAAUGAAGAGGCUAGAAUACGAGAAGAAAUCCUAGAAACAGGGAGAUUGUUCGUGCGCAAUCUUCCUUUUACAACAAAAGAAGAAGAUCUACAUUUUUUCUUCAAAAAGUUUGGAGAAAUAGCUGAAGUUCAGGUCAUUGUUGACAAAAAAACUGGCCAAUGCAAAGGAUUCGCUAUAAUCGACUUUGUUUUUCCCGAAUCUGCUGUAGCUGCUUAUUCUGCGAGUGAUGGGAAAAUUUUCAAGGGCAGAAUGCUUCACAUAAUCCCAGGAUCCGAAAAGCGCGAGAAAAACGAUAAGGAUAAAGCUUCAGCUAAUGAGAAAACCUCCUACAAAAAGGAAAAAAUGGCAAAGAUGAAAGCAAACGCGGCAAAGUCGCAUUCAUGGAAUGCGUUAUUUCUUGGCCCUAACGCUAUUGCCGACACCCUUGCUGAAAAGCUUGGCGUCGAAAAGGGUGAUCUGCUGAACUCAGAGGGUGGUGAAAGGUAA